UUGUCACUGCUCCUCACUAUGAAUCAGUACGUCGAAGCUCCAGCUUUCGUUCCUUCCAAGAUCAAUAUUCAAGAUUCUAUAACAUCGUCCGAUGACUCGGCCUCGACCAACGCUACAAGCCUACCGGACCGCAGAGGGCCAGGAAUGCUUUAUACACCAGCAGUACCAUCACCACUCCGGCCUGCCUUGAGGCUAGGAUGCCCGGAUCCGAGAGCCAACAUCAACACGCCCACCAAUUUAAAAUCAGCGUGGUCAGCUUUGACAUCACCGAACUCUUUCGAGCAGCUAUACACGGAAAAAGCUUACCUGACGGCUUCCUUGAGCAAACAGGACGAACGCGAGAUCGAGCUCAUGCGAAAGCUGUCGACCCUUCAGGAGAAUGUUGACAGCGGCCUGCCGUCUGACGAGCGUCGCAAGGCACGAAAGAAGAUAGCUUUGCUCAAGAGCAAGAUUUCCGACGCCACGGCACAAAAGAAGGCCAUUCUCCUGCGGCUCGGCGAUAUCUACGUGGAGCUCCAGAGCCGCGAGACGUGGAUCCAGAUACAGAACGAACUCUACGAGCGAAGAUGCGCGUGGUGGGCCGUCAACUCACCCAGUGCUGCCGCUUACGCUACGACUCCCUCCGAUGUGAUAUCGAUGAUACCGACGCCGCUUGAUGCUGCCUCCCCAGUCUUCUUUCCCGCAGGUUGCCAUCCGGUCUACAACACGUGGGACGUGGCAGCGCCCCGGUUUGAAGAGCAUGGAUAUGAGGUAUACGAUACAGUGUCAGCUGAACCGUGGACCAAAUAUAAUCAGUAUUCUGAUGAUGUUCUCGUGGAGGACUUGGGAAAUCAUGGCUUACAAUUUGUGUACGAAGGGAGGGCGGAAGAACCGCGGCAGGACGUCAACGACGUCCAAGACAAUGAACCAAGCAGAGAGGUUCCACUUCUGACAUCGGGUAGAAGAAGGAAUAGUCUUCCAUCGAUGAAAAGCCUCUGGCCAGGGGUUUAG